CUGAGUUUGUUCACAUCAACUCCGAUACGGGAGUACAUCGGAAGUCGAAAUUCUUGACAAGGAUAGGUCACAAGCGAUCUCGCUGACAACCAGUGAUCAGCAACAGCUGCUUGUGUUCCUGCGUCUGCGCACACAUAGAUCGACAUUAAUGGCUAUCUUUUUCCGUGGAACCUUGCUAGCAUCACGACUCAAGAUGCAUCUUUAUCUCCGCAUCGGCCUCACGUAGCUUCCGAAUCUGCUUCCGACGGAUUCUGACCCCGGUGUAGCGAUGUUUUGCUCCGCAAUGACGAGAGUGGGGAGCGAUAACCGGUGUACCUGAGAGUGGCGAGCCUCCGAUCGUGACCGUACCAAGACCUCAUAGUCCUUGUAUAUAACUCACGUCAGGCAUGCUUGUUCUUCACAAUCUCCAAAGUCUGUUACGGACUUCGACCCUGUAUUCCGACAUCAUGGGCCUUACUGGUGUUGCUCAGCGCUACCUUGCGACCUUUGCGGUCCUCACUGGUGCUGGGAGUGCAUCUACCGUCACGCUACCCGGGUACGGCAGUUUUGCUGGUACUACCGUUAGCGAAUACCUGACGAAACGCGCUUUGCCAGCGGCGGUUGACGCCUGGUUCAAUAUCGACUUCGCAACUCAACCAGUCGACGACCUGCGAUUUGCACCUGUUGGGCCGCCUGCGCCAUUCUCUGGAACGAAGAACGCUACAGCGUACGGCCUGGCCUGUAUCCAGGAUGCCUCGAUGGUUCCCUACCCUCAGGAUGAGGCUUGUCUGAAUCUGAAUGUCUUUCGUCCUCAGAACGUCUCUUCAGAUGCUAAGCUGCCGGUAUUCAUCUGGAUACACGGAGGUGGAUUCGUGUCUGGGUCUGCGAGGAGCUUUGAUGGACCAGCCUUUGUGGCCAACUCAGAAGAGCCAUUGAUCGUUGUAAACUUCAAUUAUAGGGUCAACUCUCUUGGAUUCUUGCCAUCUCCUGUUUUUGAUCGCCUGGGCCUUCUCAAUCUUGGACUUCUCGACCAACAAUUGGCGUUUGAAUUCGUGCAAAACCACAUCUCAGCCUUCGGCGGUGACCCUGAGCGUGUUACGAUUGGCGGCCGCUCAGCAGGUGCGCACUCUGUCGGGAUUCAUUUGUUCCACAACUACAACAAGACAGAGGGGGCCUCUCCUCUCUUUUCCCAGGCUAUCCUGCAAUCUGGAAGUGUCACUGCCCGUGCAUUCCCCAACGCAUCCUACCCCUUGUACCAGAGACAAUUCUCGCGGUAUCUCGACCUCACAGGAUGCGGCGGAGUUGCAAAUGGCACAGACGACGAAGUGAUCGGAUGUCUGCGCGCAGCAAACAUCACAUUGAUCCAAGAGGCCAGCAAUCUGUUAUUCUCGGAGUCCGAGUACCCCAUCACGUGGCCUUUCCAGCCCACAAAGGGCGGUCCUCUUCUCGAGGAAGCCGGCUCAGCAGCUGGUAUCAACGAGCAAUUCUUCCACAUCCCUACUAUCACGACCAACGUACGCGAUGAAGCCAAAUACUACAGCCCUGGCAACAUCUCCACCAACACAGACUUCCUCGACUUCUUCAAAAAUUUGAUUCCGUCCCUCUUACCUCAGGACGUUUCCGAUCUCGACGCACUGUACCCUGACCCCACCAACGAUACCAAUGGCGACCGCUCUCCUUAUGCCCACAGCCCCAACUCCACUCAGUACGAUCGCAUUUCCGCUGCCCUCACAGACUACAUGUACGCCUGUGCCGGGCAAGAAACCGCAGUCCGAAUGUCAGACGCCGGUGUCCCCGUCUACAAGAUGCUAUGGGCCGUCAACAACACCUUCCCCGACUGGCGCGGCAUCCCGCACACCGCUGACACAAAGUACACCUGGGCCGAGGGCAAGGGCACUGGCGGCGUCCAGUACCCUGAGGUUGGCAAGCAGCUGAACACGUACUUCUCCGACUUCGUCGUUCACGGCGAUCCAAGCGCCGGCAACAGGACAGGUCUGCCCAAGUGGCCCAAGUAUGUUGAUGAGAAUGCCGAGGGAAAGCCUGGGCUGCAGCUGCGGUUUGAGCCUUUUGGCAAUACCAGGGUUGAAGGUGAUGCCAUCAGGAGGAAACAGUGCGAGUGGUGGAGAGCUCCGGAGAGGCAAUCCAGGCUUGAAAAGUAGUAUGUAAUUCGAUAGACUGACACUAUAGCUGCAAUGGCUUUAUUGAAAGAUUUGCUCUCAAGCAUCCUCGAACGAUCUGUUGUUGGCGCGACUCUUUACCUUGCGUGCAGAUGCAUACUCAAUUUCAGUAUGCCAUCACACCACAUCUGGAUCGUGCAUCUAAUUGUAUGUAUUUCCACAAACAAAGGGUCAGACAACGGAGGUUGCUGUUGAUGACGACAUUACGCACCUAAUAGUGCAAUUCUGUAGCCCGAAGGAUCAUGGCGCAUCUGCGUGUGCAACAACAACCUUCCAUCACUCAACGGUGUUCAGCAAAGUACUCGACAGAGACUUGGUUGUUGCUUAACGCAAAG